CGUGCCGUGAUUUUUCGAGAAGAAACCAGUAUUUGGUACCACACCAAAGAGCCACAUUCAUAUUUCGCUAACGAGCGUCACAUAUCGCCUUUCAUAUCGUUCCUAUUCGUCUGUGAAUUUUGAUUUGUAAUUACGGUGGUAGAUCGUUCUUAAAACCAAGGUCAAUCAAUGGCCAGCGGAGAUGCCCCGGUUACAAACGAAACGCCAACUACAUCGGCGCCUAAAAUUAAGUAUGAUUGGUAUCAGACCGAAACUCACGUCAUUGUGACGAUUCUUGCGAAAAAUUCACAGGAUGUAAAAGUUGAAUAUGGAGAGAGGACGCUCAGUGUAUCAGCAAAACUUCCAUCUGGAAACGAAUACAGCUUAGAACUUGAUUUGGCACAUCAUGUUGUCACUGAGCAAUGCUUCUACAAAGUUGUUCCCUCAAAAAUAGAAAUCAAGUUGAAGAAACGUGAUGGUCUGCGAUGGAUAGUCCUUGAAGGUAAUCCAGAACUCGAGGACCCAGUUCAACCGAUACCACAGGAAUUUCUACAGGCUGAUCAUCCUCCAAAAUACCCAAGCUCAAGUAAAAAGUCCAAGGACUGGAACAAAGUGGAGAAAGAAAUUGCUAAACAAGAGGAGGAGGAAAAGCCUGAAGGGGAAGCUGCUCUGAACUCCCUUUUCCAAAAAAUUUACGGAGAUGGGUCUGAUGAAGUUAGACGUGCCAUGAACAAGUCCUUUCAAGAGUCUGGUGGUACGGUUCUAAGUACAAAUUGGGACGAGGUUGCUAAAAAACAAGUGGAGAGAAAGCCCCCCGAUGGUAUGGAAUGGAAAAAGUGGGAAUAAGAAAUGAUUAAAAAAUGUACUUGAAACGCAAAUUCAAUGGA